CCUGAACGCGAUCGGCAAAUCCUCGAACGGCUGGUUGAGGGCACAUUAUGCUCCAGCGCCCAAAAGGAAUUCAACCUUCAGCACUCUGAGGAACUACGCGAAGCCGUCGAAAGGUUGGAGCUGUUGGAAAGACGCGAAGCAGCGAUAGUCCGCCAAAGUACAGUGCAGUCUUCUCAAACACCCCAUUCUUUCCAUGAUACGCGCCACCGCGAAAAACAGACAACUUUCGCCGACCUGGACGUUGGACUUGGCGAGGUAGACGUGGCCAACGAGGGCCUUGGAGAGGAAGCAGAAGAGUGCAUAAUCAAAUUGAACCUUCUGAAGGCGGCGAAAAGUCAAAUAGACACCUCAACUGCCACUUUAAAAUCGCUACACGACACGAUACGUCUGCGAGAAGGCAAAAUCCCAACACUACUGGUAAACCUGUCAAUGCCAACAAAACGUAUUGUACCUUCCGCCCGGCAGAAAAUCUGUGACUUGAUUAAGAACAAUGCUCCACUACUGGAACCCAAAUACGCCAAGGAACUCCAACGUGUGAUCGAGCAGAAUGCGGAAGCAUUCAAUUGA